AUGGACAUGAGUGAGACAGAUUAUAAUAAGCGGACAUCUCUGCACCUGGCAGCUGUUGAGGGUCAUCUCCCCUGUGUCUCCUUCCUCAUCGACCAGUGUAAACUGCCCCUCAUCUGUAAUGACAGGCACAAGGUGUCAGGGAUGGACAUGAGUCAGACAGAUUACGACAAGCGGACAGCUCUACACCUGGCAGCUGCUGAGGGUCAUCUCCCCUGUGUCUCCUUCCUCAUCGACCAGUGUAAACUGCCCCUCAACUGUAAAGACAGGCACAAGGUGUCAGGGAUGGACAUGAGUGAGACAGAUUAUAAUAAGCGGACAUCUCUACACCUGGCAGCUGUUGAGGGUCAUCUCCCCUGUGUCUCCUUCCUUAUUGACCAGUGUAAACUGCCCCUCUACUGUAAAGACAGGUGGGGAAAGACACCACUUGAUGAGGCUAGGACAUUUGGCAGGCAAAACGUUGCAGAAUAUUUGGACAAAAGGAAUGCUUUGUUAAAUGCACCAGAGAGUCAAGGAUCAAGUGAAGGUAGUUCAGAUGAGGAAGAAAGUUCAGCAGCUGAGAAUGAAGUGAAAACUGAAGAAAAUAAAUAA